UCUCUCUAUUGCCUUCUCUUUUCUCAUUUCACUUCAAUUUCAUCUCUCUCUCUCUCUCUCUCUCUCAACGAAGAAAAUGGCUGCAAAAGGGAAGGAUCUUAGCCAACAGCUCGAGGAACUCAUCAGCUCCUUGCAAGAACAAGGCAUUUUGACCGACUACUUUGACGACAUAAAAGAGUUACAAGAUGAAAUCAACCCUCGCUUCGUUGACGAAAUUAUCACCAUCUUCCUUCGUGUAGCUGAAGAUUACAGAGCCGAACUCACAAGAAAUCUGAGUGUGCCUGAUGUCAACUAUCCUGAGGUGAAUAAACUCGCAAUCAGGUUUAAAAGUAGUAGCACCAGUAAUGCAUGUGGCCUGGUUUCCCUUGCCUGUCAAGAGCUCGUUGAUGCAAGUGAAGCAAAUAACAAAGAAGGGUGCCUUGUAGCUCUAGAAAAUGUCAACCAUGAAUAUCUUGUCGCCAAAGAGAAUUUGAAUCGCAUUGUUGGGAUGGAAUGUGAAAUUUAUGACAUGAGGCUGUGCCGUAAGCAACCUGAGUAGAGAGAGUUCUUAUUAUAUAAGAGUCAUCGACUCCAGAAAAUCGUGAUGUUUUCUUCAUGUUGGCCAUGUAAUAAGUUUAUUACUUCUAUGUUAUAGACUUAUUUAUAACUUGUUUUUAGGACAAGGUUUUGGUAUUUGGAACUUUUGAAUAAGUUCACUAUAAAGUGAACAUUAUGUGUUUAAGACUUGAUUUUCUAUCCAUUUUAUAAGUGGACCUUGUUCUUAGUGCCUAACUAAUUAUUGUGU